AUGGCUCUUCUAGCAACAACCUGCCGCUCACACUUGAGUGUCGCGACGCUUCGCUUGUGGCUUCGCCGAAGCGCAAGCUCCCAGGUCCAGGCAGAGGGUGCAGCUGACGUGCAGAAUGAGAAGCCCCAGAGAGCAGUUACAUCCAGCCGGACAUUGCAGAGGAAGGGCCCAGGAGCCUUAAUUGAUUUCGAGUUUAUUGACAGGGCCCUUGAGCCACAUCGUCAUGCCCGCGAUGCUGCUGACACUUGGAGUGGCCUCAGGGCGACAGUGGAAAUGACUUUGAGCCGGGGCAACUUGGAUACUCACUUGUGGUGGCGCCAUGCGGCGGAUGCGCGCAAGCGCUUGCUUGAGUGGAAGUCGACGGUGCAGACUUCUGAAGAUGCCAUCGAUGCAACGGCUGUCAUUGUGUCGUGUGCACGCGCGGAAGUCGAGCCACGAACAGGUGUUUACGCCUCCUGGAUCCGGGCAGUGCUGGCAUCUAAUGCAAGCAGGCAUGCAAGGCUGGAGCACUGCAACUGCAGCCUAUGCCUGCAUCAGUCCCUGGACAGCAGGCUCAGCGAAGUGAGCCCAGAGCUUCUCGCAGCCCUGGCGCAUGCGAUGGCCAGUGUCCGGCUGCCGAUUUCCCAAGCAAGGAGUGCAGCGCCAGCUUCACAGCUGUUGCAGUCGCUGAGCAGACGCAGCAAGAAGCCGGCUUCGGUGGACCUCCUUUGUCGCAGUGCUGGGGUGUUGGCAGAUGCAGGAGGCACGACGGAGGGCCCCCACUUCCUUCAAGAUGGCAGCGGUAUUGUACGAGGUUUAGUGAUGCCUUCGGAUGCCUGGAUGGUGGUUGAAGCGGCCGGGCCGAUCCUCGCGCAGAUCUCCGACUUGGGUCGCGCGGAACUCUUUCGCAUGCUGGCCCUGCUCGGCAUCGACGACGAGCCCGUUCUGUCGCUGCUGCAAGCAGAUGCCCCACAGCAGGGGCUGCUUGCCGAAACGCCGCAAGCAUUCGAGCCAAGCGCUGCUGGCUUGCCUACUGCACAGACUCUUGGUCGAGGCCGUGAAUCGCCAGCCGCUUCGCAGGCGGCCGCAGCCUUUCUGGAGGCUUCGGCUCUCCUACCAAGUGGAUUGACGCCGGCUAUGAUCGACGGGUCGGUGGAGGCUCUGGCUGGAGCCAGCGCCUCGACGCAGCUGCGCUCGGUCUUGGCCCUGACUUCGCUGGGACACUCAUCCGCAGCGGCCGAGCUGGAGGCAGCGCUUUGGGAUCGCCCCCUCUGCUACGAUGCGGCAGAGGCUGAAGAGCUCCUAAGGCUACUGCCAGCCCUGCCGUCUCAACCCAGCAGAAGCCUGCUCAAUGAGAUCAUUGGCUUCCUCUCUGAAGAUGGCCCGAGAUGCCAACUUUCAGCAGAUCAAGGAGCAAGCGCUGUGCUGUCAUGCUCCCUUCUCGACACGACUAUGGACGUGUGGCAGCUCGUGGUUGACGGUGAAGGAAUGGUCCCCGAGGCCAUCUCAUUCCCGGCCUUGCUCCAGCUUUGCCUCGCCGCCGUCCUGGAGGCUUCGGCGUCGCCGACGGAGCGCCUGGGCCAGGUCGGAGUCCUGCCUCUCCUUCGCCAAAAGUCCGAGCAGCGCAGGAGUCACUGCAGCACCGGUGCUGAGCUGGUCCUUCUGCAGCUUUUGCAGGCCGUCUCCCAGCGCGACUAUGAUUGGCCGCUGGAGUUGAUUUCAAAGGUCUGUCCAAUUGUGGCAGUCAGGCCACGACCUUGGCUUCACUCGGCGGAGGCGUCGAAGCGCACAGAUGCCUGGCUGCAGCUGUUGCUGGCCGAUGAUGAUGGAUUCGCAUCGGCCGAGCCAUUAGCGGGAUGCGCGGCGAUUAGGUCUGCGAGGAAGCGGCUUUCCUGCGCCUUGCUGCGUGAGACCAGCAGGGACAAAAAAGGAUCCUCGCAGCGUAGAUCCUGA